AUGGCACCUCUGAGCCAGAUAAGCACCCACAUCAACUCCACCUGUGGGGCAGAGAACUCCACAGGGGUCAGCCGGGCCCGCCCGCAUGCCUACUAUGCUCUGUCCUACUGUGCACUCAUCCUAGCCAUCAUCUUCGGCAAUGCCCUGGUGUGCGCGGCUGUGCUGAGGGAGCGCGCCCUACAGACCACCACCAACUACCUGGUGGUGAGCCUGGCUGUUGCAGACCUGCUGGUGGCCACGCUGGUGAUGCCGUGGGUGGUGUACCUGGAGGUGACAGGUGGAGUCUGGAACUUCAGCCGCAUUUGCUGUGAUGUUUUUGUCACCCUGGAUGUCAUGAUGUGUACAGCCAGCAUCCUGAACCUCUGUGCCAUCAGCAUAGACAGGUACACAGCAGUGGUCAUGCCAGUUCACUAUCAGCAUGGAACCGGGCAGAGCUCCUGUCGGCGUGUGGCACUCAUGAUUACAGCUGUAUGGGUGCUGGCCUUCGCUGUGUCCUGCCCUCUCCUCUUUGGUUUCAACACAACAGGGGACCCCAGCAUCUGCUCCAUCUCCAACCCUGAUUUUGUCAUCUACUCUUCAGUGGUGUCCUUCUACGUUCCCUUUGGAGUGACAGUCCUGGUCUAUGCCAGGAUCUACAUGGUGCUGAGACAGAGGAGACGGAAACGGAUCCUCACUCGACAGAAUAGUCAGUGUAUUAGCAUCAGGCCUGGAUUCCCGCAGCAGUCUUCCUGUCUGCGGCUCCAUCCCAUUCGGCAGUUUUCAAUAAGGGCCAGGUUUCUGUCAGAUGCCACGGGACAAAUGGAACACAUAGAAGACAAACAAUAUCCCCAGAAAUGCCAGGACCCUCUCUUGUCACACCUGCAGCCCCUCUCUCCUGGCCAGACACACGGCGAGCUGAAGCGCUACUACAGCAUCUGCCAAGACACUGCCUUGAGGCACCCGGGCUUUCAAGAAGGAGGAGGAGGGAUGAGCCAGGUGGAGAGGACUCGGAACUCCUUGAGCCCCACCAUGGCACCCAAGCUCAGCUUAGAGGUUCGAAAACUCAGCAAUGGCAGGUUAUCCACAUCCCUGAAGCUGGGGCCCCUGCAGCCUAGGGGAGUGCCACUUCGAGAGAAGAAGGCCACCCAGAUGGUGGCCAUUGUGCUUGGAGCCUUCAUUGUCUGCUGGCUGCCCUUCUUCCUGACUCAUGUUCUCAUUACUCACUGCCAGGCAUGCCAUGUGUCCCCGGCGCUUUACAGAGCCACAACAUGGCUAGGCUAUGUGAACAGUGCCCUUAACCCUGUCAUCUAUACCACCUUCAACGUGGAGUUCCGCAAAGCCUUCCUCAAGAUCCUGUCCUGCUGA